CGCUGUCUAUAAAUAUGCAUUUUAUGCCCUUUUUUCUCUCUUCAAGCAAAGAAAAUUUACAGGCUUGACAUAACAGAUGGGUGAGAAAGUUGAAGGUGCUAAAAAUGACGGAGAGAAGAAGGCCGGCGAUGCCGGUCAGAAGAAAGACGACGGUGUAGUCACUGCCGUUUUUAAGAUCGAUAUGCAUUGUGACGGUUGUGCUAAGAAAGUGAAACGAGCUGUGAAGCAUUUGGAUGGUGUGAGUGACGUGAAAGCGGACUCUUCAUCCAAUAAACUCACCGUAACCGGUAAAGUAGAUCCUGCCGUAAUCAAAGCAAAGCUGGAGCAAAAGACCAAAAAGAAGACUGAAAUCGUUUCUCCUCAGCCUAAGAAAGAUGGCGGUGGUGAUAAGAAGCCCGACGAAAAGGCUGCGACGAAGCCUGACGAAAAGGCUGAGAAGAAGACCGAAGAAAAAGGAGAGAAGAAAGCCGACGAAAAGUCAGAUAAGAAGACCGACGAGAAAACCGAGAAGAAGGCCGAAGAAAAGAAGCCUGAAGAAAAGAAGGCCGAAGAAAAAAAAGCAGACGACAAAAAGGCAAAAGAGAGCACUGCGGUUUUGAAGAUGCGAUUGCACUGCGAAGGUUGCAUUCAAAAGAUUAGGAAGGCACUCAUCAAAUCCAAAGGAGUCAAUGAGAUUACAGUAGACGCUCUGAAGGAUCUGAUAACAGUGAAAGGCACCAUAGAAGGAAAAGAUCUCGCAGGCUACCUCAAAGACAAGUUCAAGAGGUCCGUUGAAGUAGUUCCUCCCAAGAAAGAUGAACCCGCCGCCGCUCCCGCUGCCGCUGGAGGCGACAAGAAAGAAAAAGAAGCCGGAGGAGGUGGUGGCGACAAGAAAGAAAACGACGGAAAAGCCGCCUCCAGCGGUGGAGACGGUGGUGGCACAAAAAUGGAGGUGAGCAAGUUGGAGUACAGCGGUUCAUCCUAUCCGCCUUCAACAUUCUAUUACGACGCUCCAGUUCAUUCUCAGUACAGUUACGCCAUGGAAGCUCAACCAAGCUACCCUCCAGUUCAUUCUCAGUACAGUUACGCCAUGGAAGCUCAGCCGACCUACUCUCCAGUCCACAGCUUCGCAAAUUCCAGCGGCUAUUACGCAAAUCAAAAUUACGCACAACAAGGUUACGCCAUUCCGAUGUACGAUCACUCUCACGCGCCUCAGAUGUUCAGCGACGAGAAUCCAAAUGCUUGUUCUGUCAUGUGAAUAAACAAACAUAUCCAUUAAUGGUCCUAACGUAAUACAUACGCUGUAAUGCCAAGAAGAAGAAAAAUUAGAUGUUUUUUUUUGUUAAUUUUCAGAUAUGUCGGCCGGCCGGCCGGCGACGGUAGGUCAGCUGCCGGCUAGUUAGUCCAAUUCAAUUCAUUGGGGGAGUUGGUCGUUCUUUUUCUUAUUUUAUUGUAACUUUUGUUCUGUUAAAAAAUAUGACGUAAUAAUAGAGCCUGUUCCGUGUAA